GGAAGAGAUGGAUCAAUAAACAUGGUUAAAAACUCACCAUUAAUCAGACUUACACAUUUAUUUAAACAGAGGAAACAUGUUGAUGUUUGUAUCUUACCAAAGAAAAGAGCAGCAAGAAUAAUCCACAGCCAAUGUUCCAUCUGUACAACAAGGUUUAAAUCAACAGGAGAAACUAGCUGAUGUUCAACAUUCAGUCUGAGAAUUGUUCUCUUCACAGCAGCACUUAUUAUUGACACAAUGGUUGAACACAGUGCAGAAGGAGAGCACCGCCUACUGGAUGAUGUCGCCCUCUGUCUCCUCUUUGAGCUGGAUGUUCACUUCUCUCACUUCCUCUUCCUCCUGGUUCACAGACUGUUAGCAGCAUUUGAAUGACUGUGAGGAGGGAGGAUGGAGCACUUUUCUCUGUGUGCAAACACAGCGACCCAAAUGUUCUCCAUCACUGAGCCACCGGGAGAGCUUCCCUGUGACACGAGGCGGAAGUGAAGAGGAAACGCUGCCAGUAUUGUUCGCUUUCCUCCGGGAGCUUUAGCAGGAAGACGGAGCUGUGGUCGUCUCUCCGCCGGAUCUGUGAGCUGUCGGAGCCGCGAUGUCGUCAGUUCGCUACCUGAGAGAGUUUAUCAACGAGCGACUAACUGCUGCUGCCGAGGAAAUCUUCCUGGAGUUUGAAAAAACGAUCGUGCAGUACGAGGAAGUGAUCGACCGGCAGCAGAGGCUGCUGAGCAUCACCUGGAAACCCGAAACACAGCUUCACAAGACAGUCCCUCCAGACGUCCCACAGCAGCAUGUCUGUAAGGAGGAGGAGGAGGUUCUCCCUGAGCAGCAGGAGAGGAGCUCCAGUCUGGACCAGGGCGAACCAGAACCUCUGCAGAUUAAAGAGGAACCCGAGGAACUGUGCAGCAGUCAGGAGGGAGAGCAGCUGGUGCUGAAGGAGGAGAUUGAUACUUUUAUGGUGACUGAAACUUAUGAGGAAAGCGAGCACAGCGAAUCAGAGCCAGACAGCGAUCAGCUCCUCUCUCACAGCUCUGCCGAGAGAACCGAGAUCCGAGAUCAGGAAGGAGUCGGGAGCGCAGAUCCAGGAGCGUCUAGAAGUCACAGCAGCAACGCAGAAGACUCUCCCGUGUCAGAGAGUCAGUGUCACGCCACCACAGGGGAAAAGUCUUUAACGUGUGGCUUUUGUGGGAAAGCCUUUAAGAACAAGUACAAGAUGAUUGAUCACCACAGAGUCCACACGGGUGAGAAGCCGUAUUCUUGUGAAACGUGUGGGAGAAGUUUCACUCAGAGGGGAACGCUGACUGUCCACAUGAGGACUCACACAGGCGAGAAGCCGUAUUCCUGCAAAAUAUGUGGGAAAGGCUGCACCGUGAGGAGUAAUCUGAUGGUCCACAUGAGAACGCACACGGGUGAGAUGCCUUACCUGUGUAAUACCUGCGGGGACAGAUUUUCAGACUUGUCGACAUACAAAAGACACACGACCGUCCACACGGGAGAGACGCCAUAUUCCUGCGAAACGUGUGGAAAGGCUUUCAACCGAGGCAGUAAUCUGCUGCGCCACAUGAGAACUCACACAGACGAGAGGCCUUAUUCUUGUCAAACGUGCGGGAAAAUGUUCACACGCAGUAAUCAUUUGUUGCGCCACAUGAAAAUUCACACGGGGGAGGAGUCCCAGUAGUGGUACUGUUAGUGGUGCUGCUCACGGGUACUUUAAAGCUGUCUUUAUACGCAAAAAAGAAAGAAAACUGUAAUCCUGUCAUACCAGGAUGCUCGAAGUAUAACAAUACAAUAUAUUAUUUUCCAUUAAACUUUGUAUCCAGUGUGUAAGAAUGAAAACUUCCAGUUUGAACAGAUAUUCAGGAGUGACUGCAGCCUCUGAGUGACAGCUGGGAACCUGAAAGUGGGAAUUUGGGAUGCACAAACCCAACUAGUUAAUAGUUUUUUAUGGGAUAAUCCAUCAUUUGGAUCACUGUGUGUGCUGCAGGCUGCUCACAUAUCUUACCCGGCGCACUGACAGAUGACUGAAGUGUGACCACACCUGCGUGUUUAUUCUCUAUGACAUCCUCACAAAGACCAAAGUCUGUGUUUGUAUGUGUGAAACAGGAAUAACACUUCCCACGUCUGCGAGUCCGUCAGGGUCUGCUCGAGUCCCAGUGACUUAACCAAUCACAGCAGAUGGCCCCGCCCCUCCCUGAGCCUGGUUCUGUCGGAGGUUUCUUCCUGUUAAAAGGGAGUUUUUUCUUCCCACUGUCGCCACAGUGCUUGCUCAUAGGGGGUCAUAUGAUUGUUGGGUUUCUCUCUGUAUGUAUUAUUGUAGGGUCUACCUUACAGUAUAAAGCGCCCUGAGGCGACUGUUGUUGUGAUUUGGUGCUGUAUAAAUAAAACUGAAUGAAAUCUUCGGGCGCUUUUCACGAGUUACUGUGCAAACAUCCACGUCCCUGCUGGGUUUUUGAGAUUACCCCAGAGAAAGCUCUCUCCAGGAUGGGGAACAGCAAAAACGCAUCAUUAAUGUCUCAAUAAGUAACAAAGUCGGUCAGAUUAAAUAUAAAAGAUAA